AUGGCACCUCCUAAACAGAAGAACGCUUCUGUUAUGGAUACCCUCCCCCCAGCUGAUCGGGUAACAUUAGCAAACUUUGAAACAUACAAAAGCUCAAUUACGUGUCCAAAAUGUAUCAACAAAGGUACAAUUAUUUACAUUGGUAACACUAAUGCCAGCAACCCCCACCCAUUGUUCUCAUGCACAGCAUGUCAACAAAAAAUAUCAAUUUCAUCUAUGCAGCAUGAAAUCACUCAAGCGAAAGCAUCGGGAGCAAUCCCCAUAGAUAAUAGAAAGCGACGACAACUUGGAAAUGACACGCAGCAAGUCAACGCCAACAAAAAACAACAAAAACAACAACAACAACGAAAGUACCUUGGCAUCUAUACUGGAAACCGUAAAAGCUCUCCAACAACAAGUGGAAGAACUUAA